GUUCUGAAAACACCGACCAAUAGAAUAGAAUUCAUUGUUGGAGAUAGGAAGAGAUAUAUAACCUCGCUACAUCAACCUUGUCAAGUAGAAUUGUCAGUUGGAAUCUUGGUGAUCGUGUGAGUUACGUUGUCGCGCAACGAAAUAAAUAAAAAUGCCCACAUACAAGCUUAGUUAUUUCCCAGUCUCAGCUUUGGGUGAGUCAAUUAGGUGGCUAUUAGCAUACGGUGGAAUUGAAUUUGAGGAUAUCCGCUUUAAUGUUGAUGACUGGCCUAGUAUUAAACCUGAAACGCCAUUCGGCCAAGUUCCUGUUCUUGAAAUAGAUGGUAAAAAAGUUCAUCAGUCUGCAGCUAUCAGUCGUUAUUUGGCAAAACAGUUCGGUCUUGCUGGAAAAGAUGAUUGGGAGGCUCUAGAAAUUGAUAUGGCUGUUGACACUAUUCACGAUCUUCGUACAAAGAUAUCAUUCUAUAGUUACGAGAAAAAUGAGGCCGCUAAGGCUGAAAAAUUAGUUUAUGUCAAAGAGGUGGUACCAUACCUUUUGGAGCGUUUGGAUGCUCAAGUAAAAAAGAAUGGUGGUUACUUCGUCGGCGGUGCUUUAACCUGGGCUGAUAUAACUUUUGUUUCUAUCCUUGAUUAUUUGAAUCAUAUGAUGAAGUCUGAUAUUAUUGAGAAGUAUGAGAAUUUGAAACAAUUAAAAGAAAAGGUAUUGAAUGUGCCUGCAAUCAAAGCUUGGAAUGAGAAAGCACCAAAAUCUGUUUGGGUAAAAGAAAUAAAAAUGCCCACAUACAAGCUCACUUAUUUCCCAGUCACAUCUUUGGGUGAGUCAAUUAGGUGGCUCUUUGCGUAUGGUGGAAUCGAAUUUGAGGAUAUCCGCUUUACUCAUGAUGAUUGGCCUAGUAUUAAACCUGAAAUGCCAUAUGGCCAAGCUCCUAUUCUUGAAAUAGAUGGUAAAACAGUUCAUCAGUCGGUAGCCAUCAGUCGUUAUUUAGCAAAACAGGUUGGUCUUGCUGGAAAGGACGAUUGGGAGGCCCUUGAAAUUGAUAUGGUUAUUGACACUGUUCAUGAUCUUCGUGCAAAAAUUGCAUCUUAUCAUUAUGAACAAAAUGAAACUGCUAAAGCAGCAAAAUUACCUUAUGUCAAGGAGGUAGUACCAUACUUUUUGGAGCGUCUGGAUGCUCAAGUACAGAAAAAUGGUGGCUAUUUGGUUGGUGGUGCUUUAACCUGGGCUGAUAUAACUUUUGUUUCUCUUCUUGACUAUUUGGAUUUUAUGAUGAAUUCUGAUACUGUCGAGAAAUACGAGAAUUUGAAACAACUAAAAGAGAAGGUCUUGAAUGUACCUGCGAUCAAAGCUUGGAAUGAGAAAGCCCCGAAAUCCAAUUGGGUUCCCAAGUAAAUAAUAUAUAGCAUUUCUCGCUCAUUGUGUGGGUGGAUUUCAUGGAACAUGAUAAUCUGAAUCUAUGUUCCAUAUAUUUGUUAUACCUAUAUUACUGGAUAUAUAUGAAGAUCUUUGCAUAACUAUUAUUUUGCAUACCUACUAGUAUUAUAUAUAUAAGCAUAUAAAGAGAUUAGAGAAUAUAAACUGUUAAAAUGAUACCAUACUUUUGUAUUGAAAUAAAGAAUUUUACUAACUAA